AUGGCAAGCGUGGCACGUGUGAAAGAGGCCGUGGUAGUCACUCCCUCCGAGCCAACCCCUUCCUGCGUUCUCAGCCUCUCCGCUGUCGACUCACAGCUCUUCCUCCGCUUCACUAUAGAGUACCUCCUAGUCUACUCUCCCCGCCAAAACACCACCAACCAGGCUUUAACCGCUACACGCGUCAAGGCCGCACUGGCCAAAGCGCUUGUUCCGUACUACCCGCUCGCCGGCCGGGUCAGGCCCAAACCCGACGGCUCGGGACUCGAGGUGGUAUGUUGCGCGCAGGGCGCGGUGUUCAUCGAGGCCGUUUCCGACCGCGCUGUCUCCGAGUUCCAACAUGCCCCGCGCUACGUCACCCAGUGGAGGAAGCUCUUGUCGCUCCAAGUGGCAGACGUCCUCAAAGGGGCCCCACCGGUCGUGGUACAGCUGACGUGGCUCAAGGACGGAGGAGCCGCACUGGGAGUAGGGUUUAACCAUUCCGUCUGCGACGGAAUCGGAAGCGCCGAGUUUUUAAACUGCUUCGCCGAGCUUGCCGCCAGGAAACACGGCGAGUUCCGACCAAUGCCCGUCUGGGACCGCCACCUCAUGGACCCUACAAGCGUAUCUCCAUGUCAGCAAAACCACGCCGCGUUGUUCAACAAAGUCCCGGACCUCUGCGGGUUCAUGAAUCGCUUCACGAACGAAAGACUAUGUCCGACCUCGGUUGUCUUCAACAAAACACACGUGACCGAGUUGAAGAAGCUAGCUCUGUCGACGAGUCGACUCAGUACCGAGUUCACGGCUUUCGAGGUGCUUUCCGGUCACGUGUGGAGGAGCUGGGCGAGGGCGUUGAACUUACCUUCUAACCAAAUACUGAAGCUUCUGUUCAGCGUGAACGUACGUGAGCGCGUGAGGCCGAGUCUUCCGGAAGGUUACUACGGCAAUGCGUUCGUGUUGGGAUGCGCGCAGAGCAGCGUGAAGGAGUUGACGGAGAAGAGGUUGGGGUACGCGGCGGGGUUGGUGCGACGCGCCAAGGAGCGAGUGGGGGAGGACUACGUGAGGGGGGUGGUGGAGUCGGUGGGCGGCGAGAAGAAGGCGAGUCCGGACUCGGUCGGGGUGCUGAUAGUGUCGCAGUGGUCAAGGUUGGGCCUGGACAGGGUUGACUUUGGGAUGGGGAGGCCCGUCCACGUGGGGCCCAUUUGCAGCGAUAGGUACUGCUUGUUUCUGCCGGUGAAUAAUGACGACGACGAUGACGACGGUGGUGGUCAGGGGGAAUCUGUGAAGGUGAUGGUGGCUGUCCCCACCAGUGCAGUUGACAAAUACGAGUUGUUAGUCAACAGUCCUUACUCGUGAUGAGGUGAGAGAGAUUGGACUUUUACACAACAGGAUUCCCUGCUACUCCUCUUCCUCUCAUUGACUUUGUGGCAAUAUUCCAUAGUGUUUCUGAGUAUUUCGAUAGUGUUUCGGAGUAUUCAAAUUUAGAGUUUCGGGACUUUGUUAGGUCGAAAUAUGAAGCACACCGCAAAUCAUCAAGAUCCUGUACUUGGGAUGAUCUUACCAUGGUUGGAAAUGUACAAA